CGAAGCAAACCAUAGCAACACUAAUAACGAAUAUUUAUUUCAUCUCAUUCACAAAUUCACAAUGGCCUCAAACACAAACCCCGGAAACUUCAGCAACCGCCCCCAUGAAGAGGUUGAAAACAUUGCCCGCAAGGGUGGCCAAAGCUCCCACUCUGGAGGUUUUGCAAACAUGGACCCUGACAAGCAGGUAGGUAUUGCUUCCAAGGGUGGUCAGGCCUCGAGCGGAAGCUUCGAACCCGGUGAUCCUAGAGCCCGCGAGGCCGGCCGCAAGGGUGGCUCAAGAACUCAAUAUGACCAACCCGAGGAGUAAAAAAGUCGUUAUCGGAUGAUAACUUGUUGCCAUACUACUUGUGUUGUUUGAUGAUAUGAUGUUGUAACCUGUACAUUGCCAUUACAUCUUCUUUUCAAGUACUUGCAACAUCAUAAAUAACUCUCAUACUGAAUUGCCAUCAUUGUGUAGUAGAUAUUGGUAGAAAUGAUGUCCCAUCGACGUAUGAGUCUCCACAUCAACCGACCAUGACCAAUAAGAUGUCAGCAGUGCAUCACCACAAAUUGUCCGUUUUCGAUCAAGAUACAAAACCCACAAGUUGUCAUCGGGUGUCAGUUUUCUUCAGCUUAAUUGAGGUUCUUCGAAUGGUAUGUAG